GGGGGGCUGCCCUGCAGUGGCCCUGCGCAGGAGACUCCGCCACUGACAGUCUCAGCUGGGCAACGGAGCGGCCGGGCGGCUCCUGCCCAUUCUCCCCACUGGCGCACCCCAUCAUACUCUUGGGUUUUCCUUUUUUCGUUACCCUCUCGGCCACUGCUUUCUGCGUUCCCCAUUUCCACACCCUCGUCUUCCUUUGCCUGGAACUGCUUUUCAGUUUUCCCGAAUUCAGUUUUCGACUUAUUUCCCCGGCAGUUAACUCUAAUACCUCAAAUCAGAAGGCCAACAUGUUACCAGAGAAAGACUCUAAAAGGCUAGGGGAGAAGGACCCCAAGGAAGACCCAUCAGUCACUCUCUUCCGUGAAUACCUGAGAAUCAAGACUGUCCAGCCAGAGCCUGAUUAUGACUCAGCAGUGAAGUUCCUGGAGAGAAUAGCAUCUGAACUUGGCCUGCAGUGUCAGAAAGUGGAGGUCUGCCCUGGUCGUGUGAUCACCAUUCUGACCUGGAAAGGAACUAACCCACAGCUCCGCUCCAUCUUGUUGAAUUCUCACACAGAUGUUGUGCCUGUGUUUGAGGAAUCCUGGCGCUAUGAUCCCUUUGCAGCUUUUAAGGACUCUGACGGAAACAUCUAUGCACGUGGAGCUCAGGAUAUGAAAUGUGUCUCCAUUCAGUACAUAGAGGCCAUCCGGAGGCUGAAAGCCGAAGGGAGACAUUUUCCCCGCACAGUUCAUAUGAGUUUCGUCCCAGAUGAAGAGAUUGGGGGCCAUAAGGGGAUGGAAAUGUUUGUGAAGCGACCGGAAUUCAUUACUCUUAAUGUUGGCUUUGCCUUGGAUGAAGGCCUGGCAAACCCAUCAGACACCUUCACUGUCUUCUAUGGCGAGAAAUGCCCAUGGUGGAUUAAAGUGAAAGUAGAGGGGAACCCUGGACAUGGAUCCAGAUUCAUUGAGGACACGGCGGCUGAGAAGCUGCACAGAGUAAUCACUUCCUUCCUAGAGUUCAGAGAGCGUGAAAAACAAAGGCUGAAAUCAGAGAAGCACCUUACCUUAGGUGAUGUAACAUCCCUCAACCUAACCAUGUUGAAUGGGGGCAUCUCCUUCAAUGUGGUCCCCUGUGAGAUGUCUGCUGCCUUUGACAUCCGCAUCCCACCCACAGUGGAUUUAAAGGCAUUUGAGGAGCAGCUCACAGCCUGGUGCCGGGCAGCUGGGGAAGGUGUUACCUAUGAGUUCCACCAGAAAUACACAGAUCAGUCGAUGACCUCCACAGAGGAAUCUGACCCCUGGUGGAAGGUGUUCAGUGGCACCUGCAAGGACAUGAACAUGAAACUGAAGUGCGAGAUUUUUCCUGCUGCCACAGACAGCCGCUAUAUCAGAGCAGCAGGCCACCCAGCAAUUGGCUUCUCCCCCAUGAACCGUACCCCUGUGCUGCUGCAUGACCACAAUGAAUUCCUGAAUGAGCAGGUCUUUCUUCGUGGGAUUGAGAUCUAUGCCCAUCUCAUCCCAGCGCUGGCCAGUGUUCCACCUCUACAAGCAGAGAUCUGAGCUGCAGUUAUGAGGAAAAGGCAGCAGUCUGAAGGAAGAAGGCAUAGAAACCAAAGAGAGAGAGAGAGAGUUGAAAAAUUAUGUUGUUUCCUGUUGUGACACGGGCCCCUCCUAGGGGAUGUAGACAGACCUUAGAAUGUUCUGGCUGAGAACUGGUGACUUGAUUAGGUCUGGUUGGUAUCCCAGGACAAACUGUGGAACUCCAGCAUCCCUGAGUGCUACCACCAAUAAAGCAUGUUUAAGCCUUUAGACAUUUA